GGGGCGGUGCCGGAAGUGUCGUAAAGCGCGCGAAAAGCGCCGCGCUCCGCUAGGACUUCGCGGAGUCGGGCGCCAUGGAGCGCUACGGCGGCGCCUUCGAGGAGGCGUCGGACGGGACCCGGCAGCAGGAGCGCCAUUACCAGCUGUUGUCGGCCCUGCAGAGCCUGGUGAAGGAGCUGCCCAGCUCCUUCCAGCAGCGCCUGUCCUACACCACGCUCAGCGACCUGGCCCUGGCGCUCCUCGACGGCACCGUGUUCGAGAUCGUGCAGGGGCUGCUCGAGAUCCAGCACCUCACCGAGAAGAGCCUCUACAACCAGCGCCUGCGCCUGCAGAACGAGCACCGAGUGCUCAGGCAGGCCUUGCGGCAGAAGCACCAGGAAGCCCAGCAGUCCUGCCGGCCCCACAACAUGCCUGUGCUGCAGGCAGCACAGCAGCGGGAGCUGGAGGCAGUGGAGCACCGGAUCCGUGAAGAGCAGCGAGCCAUGGACCAGAAGAUCGUACUGGAACUGGACCGGAAAGUAGCAGACCAGCAGAGCACGCUGGAGAAGGCUGGGGUCACUGGGUUUUAUGUGACCACCAACCCACAGGAGCUGACACUGCAGAUGAACCUGUUGGAGCUUAUCCGGAAGUUGCAGCAGAAGGGCUGCCAUGCUGGGAAGGCAAUCCUGUAGUGGUUGGUCCCUCUGUCACUGGCUGCCCUGCCCAUAGAGACUGGAACACGGGCUCAUUGCACUAUGGCCAUGAGCUGCUGAAGCAGCAUGGAGUGAGUCUUCAUCUGCCACCAGCUCCAAGCCUGCAGGAGGGGCUCCCCUCACCCCCAAAAUGGACUAUGUGGACCUGGGCUGUGCCCGCCACCCACCCACCUUUAUCUGGAUUUCUGGGAACAAGUGCAAGGAUAGUUUCAUAAAGGGAAACCAGCCCAGCUGCCCUAAGAAUGUGCUGACGGUUCUAGCACUUACUGAACUACCACGUCUCCACCUCAGCUAGGCCCCAGGCCUUGUGCCUGUCCUGGCUUACCCCUGCUUCAACAGGGAGACUCGAAGGCUCACACCCCACAUACCCAGAGAAUUAAGAUGCUCAGUGUGGCCUGCAAACGUGACUGUGUGUGUGGUGUCCAGGGCCCAGCCUGGGCCUCACCCACUAGCCCUGACCUAUAGAGGAACCAGCAGAUGGCAUUUCAGAGAAGCCCUGGGACCACAUGCUGCUACUAGGGUCUGUGUUUGGUCGGCCGCAGCGGGGUUCACCAGGGCAGCGGGGGUGAGAGGCAGCAAGGC